AGCUGGUUGUCAUGUGACUUUUCAAGUUAACUGGCUGUCUAAGAUUGCGGGAUUUGCAAAUGCUGAGAUGGAGAAGCGAAAGAUAUUACUUGCCUGUUGUCUUUGCAUUUCUACAAUAUGGAAUGUAUGCAGCGCAUUAGAUGGCGGAAUGUUAUAUCCUCGCGAGUCGAUGUCACGGGAAAUUAAAGAACUGAAUGGACUAUGGAGCUUCAGGGCCGAUUUUUCACGGAGCAGGAACUUGGGCUUUGAAAAGUCAUGGUUCAAGACUCCAUUGGCACAGACGGGUCCUGUGAUUGACAUGCCUGUGCCUGCUAGCUUUAAUGACAUCACUCAGGAGCCGCGACUGAGGGACUUCAUUGGCUGGGUGUGGUAUGAGCGGGAGGUGCUGGUCCCUGCUCGCUGGGUGUCCGAUGAGGGACUGAGAAUAGUUCUUAGGGUGGGAAGUGCACACUACUAUUCUGUGGUUUGGGUGAACGGGGUGAUGGUCACUGAGCACGAGGGAGGCCACCUUCCGUUUGAAGCGGAUAUCAGCAGUGCGCUCCGAACUGAACCCAACGUUCCCUGUCGGAUCACCAUUGCAGUCAACAACACCCUGACUCUGCAAACAUUACCUCCCGGCACCAUUCAGCACAUGGACGACCUCACAAAAUACCCACCCGGCUAUUUUGUGCAGAAUAUCAAUUUUGACUUCUUUAAUUAUGCUGGAAUUCACCGCCCUGUUUUACUAUACACGACUCCAAAGGCAUACAUUGAUGACAUCACAGUGGAGACAGGAUUUGCAGACAAUAUUGGCCUAAUAAACUACCAGGUGUCUGUCAAAGGCAGUCAGAAGGCGGCGGUGAAGGUAAUGCUGUCGGAUAAGGAUGGCCGGUGUGUGGCCAGAGCCAGUGGGCUGUCUGGGAUUCUCAAAAUUGCGGAUGUCAAUCUCUGGUGGCCCUACCUAAUGCACGAGAACCCAGCAUACCUGUAUUCUCUUGAGGUGCACGUGACGGCGGGGAGUGGUAGCACGCAGUAUGAGGAUUUCUAUGCUCUGCCUGUGGGCAUCCGCACAGUCCAGGUCACCAACACCCAGUUCCUCAUCAACAACAAGCCCUUCUAUUUCCACGGGGUGAACAAGCACGAGGACGCUGAUGUUCGAGGGAAGGGCCUGGAUUGGCCGCUUAUCGUGAAGGACUUCAACCUGCUCAAGUGGCUGGGGGCCAACUCCUUCCGCACGAGCCACUACCCCUAUGCCGAGGAGAUCGUGCAGAUGUGCGACCGCCACGGAAUCGUGGUCAUCGACGAGUGCCCGGGCGUGGGCAUCAAAGACAUUCGCAGUUUCGGAAACGCUUCACUCGCCCACCACCUGGUGGUGAUGGAGGAGCUGGUGAGGAGGGACAAGAACCACGCCUCUGUGGUCAUGUGGUCAGUGGCCAACGAACCUGCUGCUGAGAUGCCUCCUGCUGGUGCAUACUUCAAGGCAUUGAUAGGGCACACCAAGUCGCUAGACCCUUCUCGGCCUGUAACCUUUGUUACAGAUAGCAACUUUGACAGAGAUAAAGGGGCUCCCUACGUGGACGUCAUUUGUGUGAACAGCUACUUCUCCUGGUACCAUGACCCCGGGCACCUGGAAGUCAUUCCCAUUCAGCUGAAUACCCAGUUUGAGAACUGGUUUGGCAAAUACCAGAAGCCCAUCAUUCAGAGUGAAUACGGAGCCGAUGUUGUGCCGGGGCUCCAUACUGACCCGCCCCUGAUGUUCACAGAGGAGUACCAGAAACUUGUGCUGGAGAAUUAUCACCGCGUAUUCGACCAAAAGAGGAAAGAGUACGUCAUCGGCGAGCUCAUCUGGAACUUUGCCGACUUCAUGACGGCACAAACCAUCACUCGAGUCGUGGGGAACAAGAAGGGCAUCUUCAGCCGGCAGCGACAGCCGAAAACGGGCGCGUUCAUCCUGAGGGAGAGGUACUGGAGGCUGGCGAACGAAACCGGCAUCCUCCCCAGCUGGUCGAGGUACCCCUGUCUGUGAGAGUCCUGCCGCCACAGACUCAUCGCUGCAGGAAUCCAGCACCAGCUCUCAAACCGCAUUGAACUCAGUGCCUUAUUGCUUCAGGCGGGACACAGAGAUGACCCGCAAGUUUCUUUUUUUUUUAAAUAAGGGAACAAGUUGAUUUGCGUUUUGCUAUGAAUGUGAAUUGCAAUCUUCGUCACUUCAUCACUAGCUAUGCUGUGUUGUCUAAAUGGCAGUUUUCAUAAUCUAUGUCUUAAUGUGAGUGAACAGGUUUUAACAUUAGUUUGCUCUCUUGAACUACAGAUGAACAAAACAGAACAAAAAUGGUUUUAAUUUGUCUCCUACACUUCACACACUGUUGCUAUGUCACCUUCCCAUAAUCCUUUGUGGUAGGAAUUGUGCAGUGUGAUUUGUUUUUAUUAAUUAUUUUUAUUAUUAUUUAGUUUUUUUACAUGUACUGUACCUGUAGGAACCCAGCCCAUGGACCUGCCCCAAAAGCACAUACUCUUAUAUUGCAGCACAAUCGCAACUAUUGUAAAAUUGUUGGAGGAAACUAUGGAUAAGGUGGGGUGUAAGGGCGAGGUGUCUUGAGAGACUGGUUUAGCCAGGUAUUGUUCUGAAGAUCAAAAAAUCGUGUUCAGGAGUUGCAAUUUGUCACACCAGGGAUAAAUGUUCUAUGUGCUUUCUUGCUUACUUUAAAGAUCUCAGCUAAAUCAGUGGAAACUGUAUGUCCAGUAAUAUGCAAUGUAGGGUACCCUAAGACAUGUGCUGGAAGUUUUUAGUUGAACAAACUACAAGGUUUAUAUGUGUAAAUUUAAUGAAGCCAUUAAGUAUAUUUUUAUUGACCUCCAUAAUGGAGGAAAUUGGAAGACCUAAAGUAUAGUUGCCUCUCUAACAUUUUGAACACUAUGCCUUCUGAUGGAAAAAUAAACACUAGUUACUUCAUCAGCACAUCAUGCAGGAUGUGUAGAAUUCUUUAAUUGCAGGUAUAUGGUUCUAUGAUGUUUAUUCCAAUAUCAUUAUGGUUUAGCAGUGAAACUUAGUCAUGAAACUUCCAUAAACAAGUUCAUUUAAAAGAAAGGAUUCAGCAAAAUAUAUUCAGUUGUGUGUUUUUAUGAUUAAGAUGCUGUUCAAAUUAAUUGUCCUGCAGCAAAAUUCUUUGCCAAAAUCAGUUGUAGUAAGGGAGUAACUGUUCCCGGUGCUCUUCCAAAAUACAAAAAAACGAGAGCAUACCUUUUUAUUCCACAUGACCUGUUCCUGUGUCUGCAAGUCACGACCGCCUAAAUCACAAAAUGGGUCUUCAGGAUGUUUCUUGUUUACUUGAACAUACUGCUUUUUCCAGAAAAUUAUGUAUUUUUGAGACUGUAUUAAUAAAAGAGAUUCUUGUGAAUUUUCA